UAUUCGAGGCUUAUAGAUUAUUAACUGUACAAUAAUCUGUAUAUUAUAAUCUACAAAUGUUGCCUGUUAACGUUAUCCGGUCACGUUAACGUUAUCCGUGUCGUUGUCAUUAUUGGCACGGCGAAAUUAAUGCUAUAUCCAGUUCGGAUAGGUUUUCAAUCCUUUUUCGUAAAUUGUGAGCGUCGAUUUCGGCAUUCUAUCACUCUUGGAAUCCGCCGCGGCUAUGACGACAUCGAUACUGCAGAAAGUAUUGGACAUACCUGAAGUGCUCUCUCAUCUACUGGAAGCACAAGUAAAAGAUAUUAGCAAUUGCAAAAUCUUGGGACAAGAACAAAAUGGAGAGUUCAUCCUUUGCUGGGACCUGAAAGGCCAAGGGGGAUCUUGUACUGCAGUUGGACUGUUUUUUUACACCAUAAAAAAAAUACAAGUUUUAAUUAAAUUUAAACAAUUGAUAAAUAUUGUUCAAGCUUCCAUCAAUUACAAAAAUUCCGUCCUUGGCUACGUGACCAAAGAAUCUUUUGAAGAUUGUAUGAAGUAUUAUCGUGUUUUUAUCAUUCACCUAGAUAAACCUAAUUCAGAUCCUAUUGAUUUGAACAUCACUAACCGUCGUCAAACAAUGAUUCAAUUUUUAUAUAGAAAGCGUAAACAGCCAGACAAUGAUCGUUUUUUAGUAUUUAUUCAUGAAACAUCUAUAACACUUUAUCAAGUGGAGGAAACCACUGCUGAUAAUGUAAAGGACCGUUUGAAUAUAAAAAAGCAAGAAAAGGUUGUAAAUCAAUUCUCAUGGGCCCAAUGGGAACCACAGCAUCAAUGUUUAUUUUACAUUCAUUAUUCGAAUUUGGCCAACAGUAGUGCAGAUGAAGCUAGUCUCUCUGCUUUGCAGUUUCACGACGAACCUCAGCAUGAAACAGUGCUCAAUGUCCCAUUAAAUCUGCCUAAUAGAAAGAGAACAGCAGACAAUCUCUCAAAUGGUUAUUUUGAUAUUCCUGUGCCAUUGUGUGUUCAUGACAGUAUGUUAGAUGUCCGUGUAUUAUCAGAUGCACGUGGAUUUAUUGCAAUUUGUCAUUAUUAUUUAUAUCAGGGAAUUAGUGCUCCAUUAGCCAAUGAUCAUUUAAGAACAGUAUAUUUGGCAUUUUCUGUUACUCUUCUACACCAUGGUAGUGUAGUCCAUUGCAAUAUAGCUGGUGUACCUAUGACUCGUGCAUAUGAGUCUCGUCCAAUAUUCACUAUGCAAGGAGAUCAACAUUUAUUGGUACAUUUUCCAAACAUGUGUACAUUACUUCUGGACGUAGGUCCCGACCAUGAACCUAAUUGCCAUAUCGUCAUACCGUGUGCAGAUGAAAAUCGAAGUUGGAAGAGUACCAUUGUCACAACAAUUGGUUCUGCGGGCACGGUGGUCGAUUUAUCUACAAUGGCCGUUUAUGAAACAAAAAUCACUAAACGCCAUUUAAUCGAGGCGUUCAAAAGACCGGACGCCCUGCACGCCAAUCAACAAGCCAUUUUGCACUAUUUCAUUGUACACAGGCGAGAUAUGGACGUUGUUAAUCAACUUUUAAAUUCGAUCGUGGACAAUAGUUUAAGUAUAAACUGUUCAAAGUUAUUGCAAGAAAUAUUAGUGGGGAGCGCUUAUGCUCAAGUCAAACGCAGUUUGUUGUCCGAUGCUCUUAGCCUCGCGAGAUAUCUACCCAUUACACUAUCUAAACAUAAUAUACCAUUCGAAGUUAAGGUGAAUGGCUAUGGACUUACGUUAUCUCAAGAAACACUAGAAAACCCUAGAGUUAUGUUACUGUCUCCGCGACAAAGACUAAUACCGUUUCGCGAUGAUCUAUGGACAAGGUUAUGGGAACUCUUACCCGGUGGAUCGGUUUCCGAAGAUAAUGCUUUCUCUAGACCAGAUAUUUCACGUUUCUUAAACUCGACGGUAGUGGUCAAACUUAACGUUUCAUUAGUAUGCUACCAGCCCGAAGUACUUUCUCGAUGUUGCACCCCUCUUUCACCCGGAGGGUCGAUGCUCGCUAACAGCAUCGCCAACAUUGCCAUAUCCGAUCUGCCUCAUUCUUUACAGACGUCAUCGUCGGUGCUAUUACCAUUCGUAGAAACCGACACGUCGGCGGCCAGUAAACAAGAGCAUGUUAUAUCCGUCAAUCUCCGUGAACUGAGCAUGCAUCUACUGAAACAGAGCUCAAUGCGUACCAAUAAACUGCGUAGUCGAACCAUGUCUGAACCGAACGCCAUGCACGUGCACGCCGUGGCCACCAAAUACGCGUCGUCGCAGCUGGAGAUCUCAAGAUCACUGUGCGCCAAUCUGACCCUGGCCGCUGGUGUAGAUGUGCGAUUGCACAAGCGCACCGGUUUCCAACUAAUCGACAACAUAGAAGACGACCAACGUCAAUCGCUAUUGACCGUGUUGCAGAGACUCGCACAAGCCGCUGAUGCAUUGGCAUUCCCUCUGCCACAAGGUUUUCAAUCAUUCAUCACGUAUCUCGGAUACACAGUCAUGUCAGCCACCAUGUUCAAUCAAUACGUUCGAUGUAAUACAUUCUCGCUCAAUGUGGACGUUAUGAAGAAAAUUCUGGCUGAUAUUGUUGAAAAUAAAGAAGGAGUUAUGAAAAAAUUAGACCUCAUACAGAAUUUACCGCAUUCGAGAGCCAAGCGAUUGAUGAACCAAUGGUCUCAUCCCGUGUCCGUCAUGUUGAGAGCUAGAGAACAUGCUGCCGAAAUUCUAGGUGGCAUGUCUAUCAGGACCUCCAAUUACCGCCGUAACGUCAAAUAUCGAUCGAAUGCCGGCGCGACGUCUGUUUUUCCAUCACGGCAUCGGUUGUCACCACUGGAAACAUUUUUGGAGCUCCUUACAGCCAAAGCCAUGUUGGCAGACAUUGAUUACAAUCUUCUUGUUGAAGCCACUGUGGUGUCUACAAAAGAAAACAAUAUAUUCAACUAAGUAUACAAAUAUCAAACACAUAUGGUUUAUUUAAAAGUUAUAAAU